AUGGCGAUGAAAGCCAAAACCCAACUGGUGAUUGGAGACGACGGUGUAGCUAUCAUCACCCUCAACAACCCCCCUCUCAAUUUACUCUCUUUUGAAGUUAUGCUUAGCUUAAAAAGCAGCAUUGAAGAAGCCCUGCUAUGCAAUGAAGUUAAAGCGAUUGUGGUAAAUGGUUCAAGGGGUAAGUUUUCUGGGGGAGCCGACGUGACAGUUUUUGGGAAAUCUGAGAUGGUAAAAAAACGAAACGAGGUUGGUUUCUUAUCAAUAGAGUUGAUCACAAACCUUUUGGAAGCUGCAAGAAAGCCUUUAGUAGCAGCCAUAGAUGGGCCUGCUUUUGGUGGUGGACUAGAGAUAGCACUGGCAUGUCAUGCACGCAUAUCCACACCUACCUCACAACUUGGCUUGACAGAACUGCAAUACGGGAUCAUUCCUGGAUUUGGAGGCACUCAGCGUCUUCCACGCCUUGUUGGCCUUCCUAAGGCUCUGGAGAUGAUACUGAUGUCAAAACGAGUAAAUGGGAAGGAUGCUUUUAGUAUGUCCCUUGUUGAUGCUCUAGCCCCUGCUGAUGAACUAAUCAGAAGUGCAUCUAGAUGGGGUUUGGAUAUUUCAGAAGCUAGAAAACCAUGGAUUCGUAGCCUUUACAGAACCAACAGACUAGAACCGUUAAAAGAAGCAAGGUUAAUACUGAACAUGGCGAGAGAUGAAGCACAAAAACAGAACCCAAAUGUGACUCAUCCAUUAAUUUGCAUUGAUGUCAUUGAAGAGGGUAUAGUUUCUGGUGCUCGUAUUGGACUAUGGAAGGAAGCAGAGGCCUUGAAUGAACUCCGGCAAUCUGAAACUUGUAAAAGUUUGGUCCACAUCUUCUUUGCUCGAUAUAACACUUCCAAGAUUUCAGGUAUAACUGAUAUGGGGUUGCAGCCUAGGAAAGUAAAUAGAGUUGGUGUUAUUGGUCCGGGGUCAAUAGCAAUAGCAACAGCUUUUAUCCUUGCUAACUUUCCUGUAAUUCUUAAGGAGGAUGAUGAGAAUUAUCUGGUGUCUGCACUUGGUGAAAUCAAAGCCAAUUUGCAGAGCCAUCUUAUGGCAGGGAAAAUGACCACGGAGAAGCUUGAAAGAGCUGUAUCUCUGUUGAAGGGUGUACUCAAUUAUGAUAGCUUCAAAGAUGUGGAUUUAGUUGUAGAGGCCCUUUCCCGAAGUUUUCUUGAUGUAUCUCAAAACCCGGACGGCUGCAUUCCAGUGGCUGUCACAUGGCAUACUCAGGAAUUGGCUAAGGACGCUCAUUGGGAACGUUAUAUCAGGACGUGUUACCGUGAGGUAGUUAAGUUUGCCAAUAAGUCUUCGAUAUUUGCUCGGGGUCUGGUAAAGGUUCCCCCUAUCUGGAAGUAG